CAUUCUUCCCCAAGAGAAGAAGAAAAAAAAGGGAUUAAUGUCCUUCCAAUAUUUCACUAUUUCCUUUCGACAAAUUUCGUGGAAUGUUAUUCGGUAGAAUUUUAAUUUCUAGGGUUCAUAUCUUUUAUAUUUAUAUUGGGGUUUCUCCGUUAAAUUAAACAUAUCAUAGAAGAAAUCGAUUUGGUUGAACACAAAAAGAAUAUCUUUCUGUUUUCUCAGAUCCUAAUUUUGGGCUUCGAUCGGGCACUCCCGGUCGUAGCUAUCACUAUUCAGAUCGUUUCUCUUCACUCUCUCAGUUAUGCAGAGCCAGCUUGUUUGUAGUGGUUGUAGGAGUGUUCUUCUUUAUCCUAGAGGGGCUGCAAAUGUUUGCUGUGCAAUAUGUAAUACGAUUACUGCACCCACAGUUCCACCUCCUGGAAUGGAUAUGUCCCAGCUCACAUGUGGAGGUUGCCGAACAUUGCUAAUGUACGCGCGUGGGGCAACAAGUGUGAGAUGCUCCUGCUGUCACACAAUUAAUCUUGCCAGACCACCAGCACCAGCACCAGCACCUAAUCCAGUCGCACAUGUCAACUGCGGUCGGUGCCAUAUAACACUUAUGUAUCCGUAUGGAGCACCAUCAGUUAAAUGUGCUGUUUGUCAGUAUGUUACGAGUACAGGGAUGAGUGCGCCAACACCAAAUAGCAAUGGUCAAGUGAAUAGACCCAAUUGGUCCUCAACCACGCCUACACCUAUGCCCUCUACGUCGGCAGCCAUGCGAACCCACAGCCAAACUGUUGUCGUUGAGAAUCCCAUGUCAGUCGAUGAAAGCGGGAAACUGGUGACCAACGUUGUUGUCGGAGUAACAUCGGAAAAAAAAUGAUUUGGGAGACUUCUAUUGAAUGAAGUUGCUCUAUAUAUUUGUAUUGAAACCUUUUUGGUGGUAUAAGAUAUUGUUUGUAUAAGUUGGACAUUGAUAUAUGUGUGAAGUGCUCAAAUAUAAACAGAAUUUGGUUGUUGGUUGGUAAAUAUAAAAAGUUUGGAAGUGAGAAAUGGUUCUUUUAAGUGUCUCUGACUCUCUGUAUUUUUAUUUUUCAUAUGUUUUUUACUGUAAUACAAGUUAAUACAGAUUUUAUCUACUAUAUUAAAUUAAAAUAUUGAUCAAAGAUUGUUACAAA